GCGCGGCGCGGGGGAGCGCGAGCACCGCGUGCGACGUCAGCGCCGCGCGCCGGGGGGAGCGGGCACCGAGCGGCGGGGCCCGACCGGCACCGGCAGCGCCCGGGACACACCCGGCCCCAGCGCCCCGCGCCGCGCCGCCCGCCCGCCCCGCGCCGCGCCCGCCGCCGCGCCCGCCGCCGCGGGAGGAGCAGGAGCAGGAGGAGGAGGAGGAGGAGGAGGGAGAAGAUGGCGGACGAUCCCAGCGCUGCCGACCGCAACGUGGAGAUCUGGAAGAUCAAGAAGCUCAUCAAGAGCCUGGAGGCGGCCCGCGGCAAUGGUACCAGCAUGAUCUCGUUGAUCAUUCCCCCCAAAGAUCAGAUCUCGCGAGUGGCAAAAAUGUUAGCGGACGAGUUUGGCACUGCCUCCAACAUAAAGUCAAGAGUGAAUCGCCUUUCAGUACUGGGAGCCAUUACAUCUGUACAGCAAAGACUGAAACUCUAUAACAAAGUACCUCCAAAUGGUCUGGUUGUUUACUGUGGAACAAUUGUGACAGAAGAAGGAAAAGAGAAGAAAGUCAACAUUGACUUUGAACCUUUCAAACCAAUCAAUACGUCGUUGUAUUUGUGUGACAACAAAUUCCACACGGAGGCCCUCACGGCGCUGCUCUCCGAUGACAGCAAGUUUGGCUUUAUUGUAAUAGAUGGGAGCGGGGCACUCUUCGGAACUCUCCAAGGAAACACACGAGAAGUGCUGCACAAAUUCACUGUGGAUCUUCCAAAGAAGCACGGCAGAGGAGGUCAGUCUGCCCUGCGCUUCGCCCGCCUGCGCAUGGAGAAGAGGCACAACUACGUGCGCAAGGUGGCCGAGACGGCCGUGCAGCUCUUCAUCUCCGGGGACAAGGUCAACGUGGCCGGGCUCGUCCUGGCUGGCUCAGCUGACUUCAAAACUGAGCUGAGUCAAUCAGACAUGUUUGAUCAGCGGUUGCAAUCCAAAGUGCUCAAACUAGUUGAUAUUUCAUAUGGAGGAGAAAAUGGCUUCAAUCAAGCAAUUGAGUUGUCAACUGAGGUCCUCUCCAAUGUGAAAUUCAUCCAAGAGAAAAAGCUAAUAGGACGAUACUUCGAUGAGAUCAGCCAGGACACGGGCAAGUACUGCUUUGGUGUGGAGGAUACACUAAAAGCUUUGGAAAUGGGAGCAGUAGAGAUCCUGAUAGUCUACGAAAACCUGGAUAUCAUGAGAUACGUCCUGCACUGCCAAGGCACGGAGGAGGAGAAGAUCCUGUAUUUGACACCAGAGCAAGAGAAGGAUAAAUCCCACUUCACAGACAAGGAGACUGGGCAGGAACAUGAACUCAUAGAAAGUAUGCCCCUCCUGGAGUGGUUUGCAAACAACUACAAGAAAUUUGGAGCAACAUUGGAAAUUGUUACAGACAAAUCACAAGAAGGAUCCCAAUUUGUGAAAGGAUUUGGUGGAAUUGGAGGUAUCUUGCGGUACCGGGUGGACUUCCAGGGCAUGGAAUACCAAGGAGGAGACGAUGAAUUUUUUGACCUUGAUGACUACUAGGUAGUCGAGCUGGGUCCGGCAACACGUGCCUCGCCCCUCCAGCAUCCAACCCAAGGAGCAAACUCAUGGUGGAAAACACAACAGAUCCCUGCCUUAGAAUUGGAACAUUUCCAGAACGUGAUCCGCGAGCAUUUGGAUUUAAGAAAGCAAAACCCUACACUUUGAUUUGUCAUAGUGUCAGUACAGCAGCAAACUACUAAGUUCCUAUAUGCCACUUUGGACUAAUUUAAAAAGAAUCCCAGUUUUUACUUUUACUCAAUGGUGAAAUUGGUUGCUCUUGUAUUUUAUGGAAAUGAUUUUUUUAACCUUCAUGAUACAUUAACUGCUGUAAACCUCUUCCUUCCAAAAUUAAUAGAAGUAAGAUCCUACUGGUUUGUUUCUUUAUACUUUGAUUGGAGAAAUCAAUUGCUGCAUUUGGCAGCACUGUGACCCAUUUACAUGGCAUUCUCAGCUUAGCCUGCAGAAGAAAUGGAACGAGGUUGGAGCCAUAAUUCUCUUCAAAAACUUGAGGAGGCACUGACCUGAGUGCUGGUUCAUUACAUGUGGCUUGCAAAUUCUGAUGGUUUGGGGAGGCUCACCAGCCAAACGUGCUUUAAUCUAUUUGCAGAAACACUGCUCUUAAAAACUAGGAAAUGCACUUCAUGGAUUGCAAUGAAAAUGCUGCUGGAGUCUUGGGCUUAAUUUGGAUUUGAGCAGUGCAGCCUUCAGGAAUUUAUUUUUUUUUUCAGUCUUGACAAAAAUAAACAUGAGAUUUCAGUGAAGUAAGGUACAUUUGGCUUUUUGUUCCUCAGUAAGUUUUUCUUUUUGCUUUAGGACUGCGUAAGGUUUCCUUGAUUAUGUGAAUUUGAGCCCACAGGUCUUUAAUAGAUGUGGGUGUUUGACAGGAAUACUGAGUCAGUGAAGGCUGAAUUCAUGCUGGGAGUGUGGAAUAUUGGAUUCUGCUCCGUGGAGCGCUGGCACAGCCCUGGGCACAGGCAGCUCCCAGCAGUGUCUGUGCUGUGGGGAUGUGCCACAGGGGGUGAGGAAUCGCCUCUAGGAGAUCCCAGACUGCCCAGGCUUUGUGUCCUGCCUGGGCCACGGAGCACCCACAGAUCAGGGAGCUCAUCCUUGGUGUGUGUCCAGGCUGCUGGUGUGACACUCUGGGGGUCCGGGGCCCUGCAGGCCAGGGGAGCAGUGGCACAGCUCAGGUCCUGUCCUGGCCCAGGGGAGCAGUGGCACAGCUCAGGUCCUGUCCUGGCCCAGGGGAGCAGUGGCACAGCUCAGGUCCUGCUCCCUCCCUGGGGGCUCUCCCAGCGUCGCUCCCGGUGCUUCCCUCAGGAGCAGCUCCUGUUCCAGCUGCAAACCUUUGCCUCUUGUCCUGGUUCACUUGAACAGAGGGAGCUUCUCUUCAAAUUUCUGCCACGCUGUUGUUUGAGGUCCAAAAUUCCUGUCCUUGUGAGCAAUACCAUUUGUCCCCCUGUCCCUAACCUGGCUGGCAGCUUCGCUGCUGUCCUCACAUCCAAGCUGGAAUCUCUCCCGGGAGGUGGGGCUGGGUCUGCUCAGGGCUAAGCACAGCCCUGGCCCUCACAGCAGUAUGUUCUGGAUUUUGCCAUUGUAAAUGGGUCUAAUGUGACAUGACAAGACCACAAAAAUUGGAUGUAAAUUUACAUUUUUGAAUAUACUGCUUGUUGUUUCACAUGAUACAUUAGGGUAUGCAGCUCCUUUUUGUAGUUUUUAUUUUUACUAUUUAAGUUUGGAAAUGAUGCCAAAUUUUUUGUAUUUCUUUAAUCAAUGUGUUCUCUUCAGUGAUAUAUAUUGCAUUAUAUAUUGAUGUGUAUAUCAAUAUAUACUGAUAUGUAUUACACAUGCAAACACACUCAGUGGGGGUGGGAGAUCCUAGCCUUUGCAUACUAUAUAGCCUCUGCAGAGAGAUCCCAAGCAGUGAUAUCUUGGUGUUGUGAUGUACAGAAAUGGAGAAGAGUAUUAAACCAUAUUUAAGAAUAUA